UUAAUAUGAUAAACAGCACGGAAUUCCCGACGCCGUCGGUCAGCUUUUUAAUGACCUUAAACGGAACACAGUACUAUUUGUCCUUCAGUGGUAGAAAAGUUGUAGCGAGGGCUUUAAAGAAUGGUGACGAUCAGGUGCAAGACAGAGAGCGUUUCGUCCACUUGAUCCAUGGAAGCUACUCGAUGUUCGAAAACAAGCAACACAGGGAUCGGUUUCUGGGAGGCCUCAAAGACGGAUCCUUGGGUGUCAUUGACGUUAACGAUAAACGCUUCCCAGAUCCACGAGUCUUGUUUCUGUUGCACUCACAGCCGCCCAAGCCCAAAGAAGGUUCAACUUAAGGCAGCUAUAUCACGGUAUCUGCUUAGGCACAUUUUUGUACUUAACUAGCAAACUAACAGUGCAAGUUACGGCAUUAAGAAGGAAUCCACCACAAGUUCGAGUAACAAGAGGACAAAAACUUUGUACCGAGGUUAUUUACGUUUGAUUGCUAACUUCUGUGUUUUAAAUGUUUUAAGUAUCUUUUCAAAAAAUCAUUUUUAACAACACUAAAUGUCGAAAACAAAUGUUGAAGUUCAUAUGAAAGAAUUGAAAGUGCUGAUGAAAUGAAACCGAUGAUGGAAUUUUACAUGUGAUUACACAAUUUCACUGAACUUCGAAAUUGAUUUUUCGAGUUCCCAUGGGAAAUUGUUUUUGGUGUUAUUUCAAGCAACUAUUUUUAUCUUACGUUUUUAGAAAAUCCGAUAAAGGACUGUAAUAUAUUUAUUGCGCGUUUCAAUAACAUGCGGACUCUA